AUGGCGGCAGUAAAGCGGUUAAUAGGAACUUGUUGGACAUGCAAAAAAAGACUCGCCACUGCCGGUCAACAGCUAAUGGCACCGUUGCCGCUAGCCCGUGUGGAACGGGGAUGGCACCCCUUCAAGUUUGUCGGCGUGGAUUAUUUCGGACCAUUUAUUGUUAAACACGGGCGGAGACAAGAGAAGCGCUAUGGAUGCCUAUUUACAUGUAUGCAAGCACGAGCCGUACACAUCGAACUCUCACCUACAUUGAGUACUGACUCUUUUAUCAUGGCCCUGAAACGAUUUGUUGCCCGCAGAGGGACCCCGGCCGAAAUAUUCAGUGAUAAUGGGGGCAAUUUUGUGGGUGCUGCUACUGAGUUGCGUACUGCCAUGAAGAGCUGGUCACAAGCAAAGAUCAAUGAUAAGCUACUGAGUAUAGGAGUGCAGUG